AAACUCUUCUUAGGAAUGUCUGAUUUUGUGUGUGUCUUCACGAUCUUCGUCUUCUUCUCUAUUUUCUCGAGAAAAGCUAAGAACUUUGUUUCAAUUUCAGGGUUUACAAGGAGAGAAAUUUCAUCUUGUCGGCGAAAUCUCAAAGUGGUUUUAAGGUUUUGCCCAAAUGUCUCAGAGACUUCAUGUUUGCAAAAAAUGUGGAAAAAAGUUUGCAACUUUAAAAGGUGUCUAUGGUCAUCAGAGGAUUCAUUCUGGUAAUUACAAUAGAAUCGAAGAUGAUAAUGGUUUGCAAAAGAUUUGGGGUCUUAAGAAGUCUAGGGUUUGCUCUGUUUCAGCUUCUUUUAUGACUGAGAUUGAGAAACAUGAGGUGAUUGAAGCUGCAAUGAACUUGGUUAUGUUGUCUCGACGAGUUUAUGACUUUGGUUCUAUCAGAAAUUUGCCUCUGGGUGAUGAUUUCAUGGAUUUAGAGCUUAAACCUAGUCCUUUGAGAAGUAAAUUGCAGAAAAAAACUCAGUCCAGCUAUAAAUGUCGUAUAUGUGACAAGAGUUUUGUGUGUGCUCAAGCUCUUGGUAGCCACCAGAGACUUCACAGAUCGAUGAAAGGACAUUUAGUGCGUAAAAGGGAGUACAUUGAAGAAGAUGGUUCACUGUUAGACUCAUCAGAAGCUAAUAUGAUUGUUUCACAACCAUCAUGCGUUGAAGUGUCUCAGGAGAAGAUCUUACAUUGUGCUGAGUCCAAACUAGAUGACUUCAGCGAACAGCUUGCUCACUCGGAUUUCAACAAGUCUAGUAGUUGCAGUAAAACCAGGUUCAGUGCAUUACAUUCUCCUAUGAGAAGUAAAUCUCACUUCAGCUAUAGAUUCAAAAUAUGUGGCAAAAGUUUUGGGUGUUCUCAAGUUCUAGGUGGUCACCAAACACUUCACAGAUCGAUUAGAGGACAAUUAGCGUGUAAAGAUGAUAAUUCGCUGUCUGACUCAUUAGAAGCUAAGAACAUUGUUACACAACGAUCAAGCUUUGAACUUUCUCAAAAGGAGAAGAUCUUACAACGUGUUGAGCCGAAACUAGAGUUCCACGAACGGCUUACUCACUCGGGUUUCGACAAGUCUAAUACUGGCAGUAAAACCAGGUUCAGUGCAGUACCUUCUCCUCUAAAAGCUAAGAAGAUUGUUUCACUUUCACAACCAUCAAGCUUUGAAGCCUCCGUGGAUGAAAAGUUCUUACAUCGUUUUGAGCAGAAACUAGACUUCAGCAAACAACUUGCUCACUCGGGUUUCGACAAUUCUAGUAGUUGCAGAAAAACCAAGUUCAGUGCAUUACAUUCUCCUCUGAAAAGUAAAUCUCACUCCAGCUAUAGAUUCAAAAUAUGUGGCAAGAGAUUUGUGUGUUCUCAAGCUCUAGAUAGUCACCAAACAACUUCACAGUUAGCGAGUGAAAAGUUAAACACUGAAGAUGAUAAUUCAUUGUGUGGCAUGAAUGACUCAGAAGCUAGCAACCAGUGGCAACAACCGUCGGUGCCGGCAAUGCAGCCACCGGAAAUGAAUCAGUCGACGGCGGUUGAUGCGUAUUACGCUUCAUAUUGUGCUUACUACGCCAAUCCAGACCCUAAUUUUAACUCUGAUCUCCAAACACAUGAAUCAUUAGCUAUUGCACUUCCACCACCGCCUGGUGUUGUGGAUACGACGCCGUAUUACAGUUUGGAUACAAAUGCUCAGAACUUGGCUUGGCAAGAGUCUGUUCGUAUGAAUGGCACCGACCCUCUUGCGAUUACAGGACCUGAUGCUACAAGACAGUCUCAUAGCUUAUACCCGCCAGGUGCGGGUUUCUCUUGGACCGGCCACAUAGUUCAAGCGCAACUUCCUGGAUUGAAGGAACCGUCAAAGAAAGCAAAGGUUGUUCGAUCUGCUUACUGUGAAGUUUGUAAAGUUGACUGUAAUGGUCCGAGUGUAUUCGAGCAACAUAUAUUGGGGAAGAAACACCUGAAGAACUUGGAGAAGUUGAAAACAUGUUUACUGUCGUCAAACACAGAUUCUUCUUUGCCUGGGCCAACCGUUGCGAUCCCUUUAAUAGGACCACAAGAAAAUCCGAGUAAAAGCAAGGCUAGGAAGAAAAGUGCGGAAUCAAUAACAGAAGAUCUAGAAACAAAGAGACGGAGAGUCGUGGAAUGUGGGGUAUCAAAUGAGUCGAUUAGACUGUGUAGAAUAUGCAACGUAGUUUGUAAUAGCGACACGGUUUACAAUGAUCAUUUGGCCGGUCAGAAGCACGCCACUAAGGCAGCGAAGGCCCCUGUAAAUACCUAGACUCUUGGAUCUUAUUUCUAACAUUCAUUGUAU